GGAGAGAAUCUGCACCAUGGGAUCCCAGGUUUUGGAGAGGUUUCUUUUGAAAGACACGAGAGAGCGAAAAGGCUGAGAUGAAGAAACUGAGAUGGGUAAUGGACGGAGGAGGAGGAGGAUUUUGGGAACUGGAUGUGUCCACGCCCGUCACCCUCGACGGAGUGGCCCGACCGGUGCCGAUGGCCGGCUCCGGCGACAACCACCCUCUCCCUCUGCCGCUGGGCAUAUCGCGAGGGGCGACCUUGUCGAGACCUAAGCAGAUCGACUUCUUCCAACGCUUCAUGGCGGCGCCCUUCGUCCCUUCCUACUCUCCCGCUCACGGCUUCUCUCUCCAGCGCGUUCUCACCUUCCCCUUCGGUGAUUUCUGAAGCCAUUUUUAGGUUUGCAACUUUGCUUGGCCAGUUCAAUUUGCAGAAGUUUGUAUCCUCCAUCACACAGAAUGGACUGAAGCAGUCUCCUGAUUCAUCAUGGGUAAAAACACUUGCGAGACAGCUUUGCAAUAAGUCCUUAUAUGCGCUCAAUUUAUGUUCAGAGGUCUUGGUAACACCUGAUGAUACAGUGCUACUUAGCAUAGAAGGCUAUGGUGAUAAAAAGGCAGCUAGGAAGAAAGCAGUUCUUCAUCAUAAGUUUUUGCAUCACAAUUUAACCGUGGAGGCUGCUUGGCCAGAACUUUUUGUUGAUGGUCUUGGUACAUACUGGGAUGUACCAUUCUCAAUGGCUAUGGAUCUAGCUUCCACUGCCUCUGACUCUGGGGCAAGUUAUCAUUUUAGCAUCAAUCAUAAUGCAGGACGGCCUAAGCAGCAUGAAGAUCAAGUCACCAAUGGAGUACCCACAACUCUUCUCCCUGGUUUGUGCAUAAAAAAUGCAUUUGCUUUCAAGAAAACUGUCGACUUUUGGAGAAGCAAAGCUUCCAAGUUGAAACUGGUGCAGCCAUUUGACAUGUUCUUGUCAAAUCCUCAUAUCUCAGCUUCAGGGGUACUUGGUGCUGUUCUGGCAGCAUGCCUUGGCAACAAUUCGGUCGGACAACAAAUAGCAGACGAUUCACUGCAUUUUAAGCCCAUAAGUCUCCGUGCUGCUGGAGUGAACUCCACCAUUUUAGCUGAUAUGUUCGCAUCUGCGUCAUUUUCCAUGCAACAUGGGAACUUCCAGAGAUUAUUCUUCGAUCUUACUCGCUUUUAUACCCGCCUGGAUUUCCCUUCUGGCUCCAAAUUCAUUUCAGGCACCAUUCAGCUGGCUCAGCAUCUUUACAAUUCUCAACAGCUUAGUUUGGAAGCAAUUCAGGCAAUCUGCCCCAAAGCAACCGUUUCACUUCAGCAGCAGAUUGCUGGGCCUUUCACCUUCCGAGUCGACUCAGGAGUAACAGUUGAUCUGAAGAACAGCGGCGGUUGGCAAGUAAAUUUUAAUGAUCCUGUAUUUGCAAUUGAAUAUGCAUUACAAGUUCUUGGAUCAGCAAAGGCUGUGGCUUGGUAUUCCCCCAAGCAGAAAGAAUUUAUGAUAGAGCUUCGGUUUUUCGAGACAUAAGCUAUUCUUCUAGCUACCCAUCAAGUGUUCUUUGUUCACAAGCAUCUGAAACCAUUUGAUUUGUGGUUUUGAACUCUAUAUAGUGCAAAUUGAGACUUCAAAACUUC